AUUUUAAGUACGACUUAGUAAAGAAAAUGCAUGACCUUGACCUUAUUGGGUGAAUACUCAGACCGAAAACUGAAAAUGGAUGCAGGAAAGUGCCUGAAUAAUUUUUCCAUAGAGCCCCUGAAGGAGCCCAAGGGGUUUAUCAAAGUCAUCCAAUGGAUACUGGCUAUCUUUGCGUUUGCGACCACGACCAGUGUAGACACGUUCCUAACGGUGACUGCUAGAGGUUGCAGCGACGCCAUCAUGGAGAAAGUGGAUAUAGCCUACCCGUUUGACAUUCAGAACUCUUACUUCACUACACCACUAUGUAACAGAACGAGCAAUCCCGACGGUACCAAGGUGUACCUGUUGGAGGGGUCGCGAUCCUCCGCCGAGUUCUACGUCUUCUUCGGAGUCAUGGUGUUCCUCUACUGUAUAGCCGCCCUCGUUGUCUACCUGUUUUUUGAGGAGUUGUAUCGCAGAAGUAACGUUUGGAGCAUUGUGGAUUUUGUAAUCUCCGCGGUGAUCACUCUCCUGUGGCUGGUCUCCUCCUCGGCCUGGGCUCAGGGACUCGUCAAUCUCAAGUACUAUACGGACCUGAAUAAGUGUGGUUUGUUUAAAACCAUUACAACUUGUUCUACAGACAACUGCGUUCAAACGGAGUUUCCUAAUUUUGGAAGCCUUAAUGCUUCUGUGAUAUUUGGAUUCCUGAACAUGCUUGUGUGGGGCGGAAACCUUUGGUUCCUGUAUAAGGAAACUCCCUGGUUCCAGAACCGCUCCGAGGGAACCCCUCAGGGAACUGGAGGUCUUCCCGAGGGGGAUCCUCAGAGAAUCUAGGUCAGCGGUCAACUACUGGAGCAAAUCAAUUGGGUCAAAUGAACUGUGCCGAUAUUUAUCUCUCUCUUAUUAUCAGAGUAUAAAUGGAGUAUUAAUAAGGGUUUGGUCAGAACAUGAAUACAUUUUGUUCAGAUGUGGGGAGAUUAAGCAAAGAGGAAAUAUUUUGUUCUUAUUAAUGGCACAGUGCAGUGUUUUUGGCUUGAGGUCUAACUGUAAAGAUGUUUGUGGACAAGUAUUGAAUUGUUUUAUGGAUUUUUUGGCUUGGAUGCAUUUUCUGAAGUAAAAUCAGUGUUCUGAAAUGAAUAAAUGACUGCUUUUAUUAUUCAUCGUUUGUUUUUUGAGUGCUAUUGAAUGAACAAAACAUAAGCAUAGAUACUGUAGUAUAGUGGUGUGACUAAGUAUAAGUGGCUGAACAUUAUUAUUUUUAUGCAAUUUGUGUAUUCUCUAAUGUCUUGAAUAACACACAUGUCAUUAUGAAGACAAUUAAUUAUUGUACGAGAACUGGUAUCUGUUAAAUGUUGAUGUACAGUAAUUGAGGAAAGGGAAAGUACCCAUUCUAGUUAUAAAGAAUUUACUGACCAAAAUACAUGUAAGAUUUCUGAAAUCCCUGAAAUAUUGUGUGAAAUCCAGUAAAUGUUGAUAUAUGGGGUAGGCUUUGGAGAAUUCAUCACAUUAAUAACACCCAUUGCAGGAGCUGCGUCAUAUUUUUUUAAGAUCUUGUUUGCCAAACAUAAGCUUUUUUUUUUUUUUUUUCAAUUUCUGGAUUAAAUUCUCGUGGCUUUUCUCUGAUAUGCUCUGCUUGGAGACACUUGAAAAAAAUAUUUAAGCAUACAGAGUUGUUUUAAAAAUAUGAGAUUAAUUUCUUGUUUAAUUUACCACAAAUUUGGGUAGGGGUGCAAAGACUUUCAAAUUGUAAAAUUUUUUUGAAUGAACUUUUUUGUGGUGGUUAACACUUGCAUUGUCUAACCCUUAGUUUGCAGACCCUAAUUUUUAUGUUAUCAAUGUUAAUUAGAAGCUGUUUGACUGUAUUCCCUAUGAAUAGAGCUCCGGGUUUAUGAGAUCUGUGACAAGAUCUGUUUACUGUAUUGUCCUAGCUUGUUCAUUUGUUCGUUUGACCUAGUUUUUGGACGAGGGAUUUCUCUCCCUUUUCUGUACAUGUACAUGUUCACAGCAACAACAUGUAUAAUUUAUAUGUUAAUGUGUAUGUAAUUAUGUCAUGUAAUUAUUUAUAUGUACUGUGUAUAAAAGAAUCAACAGGAACAGAGUUGUGAACAUGACUAUUGGUGAACAUUAUACACAAGAAUUAUUGUAUAAUAAGUAGAAUUCUUUCCCUUUGAUUCAACAGAAGAUCAACUGAAAAUCACCCUUGAAUUAACCCAAAAUCAACCCAAAAUUACCCUUUUAAUUACUUGAUUGUUACAGCUUUUUAUAGAUGCAAAUAGUUAAACAUGUACAUGUAGAUAGAAAUAAGUAACUUUUGGUUGGUUUGGAUGCAGAAUAUUACAUUUGUUAUUUUUGUUUUGUUUAUUGCUGUGUUAAGAACUUUUUUUCGUCCUUUUUUUAAAUACAUUUUCCCAUCUUUUUUUUUCAUUUUGUUUUUUUUAUUAUAUUAUUAUUAUUAUGGUUAUGUUGCAUAUCAGGCAGUUGAUAUACAGUGUAAAUUUCUGCAAGGAACCAAACUAUUACAUCAAAAUGAAGGACAACUGAUUUAUGAAUAUUAGUUAUCGUAUUUAAUCAAAACAUUCCAUCACAAAGUAUUUAAGAGAAGUAGGUAGUUUUCUGUUUGUAUUUUUUUUAUGCUAGAUAGAUUUAAAACAUUGGUCAUAUCUAAUAGAAAAAUCAGUUUUAAAAACCACUGUUGUUAAUUAAUGCUUUAUGGUAUUUGCGUCCCGUUUCUUCCGGCCAUUUUCAGGUUUAGGAUUUCAGACUUAUGUUAAUCACACUGCUUAUUGAACAGAAUUGUACCUGUGUGUGCCAUCAGAGCGGACUACUUUCUGAUUCAGCUAUGUACUCCAUAUUUAUUAUAUUUAUAGCUUUAUAGUUUUCAAAUGGAAAUGGUCAAAAAUAAAAUUAGUAUGUGUAA